AUGCGCACCACCAUGCGAGCACUCACUGCUCUGGCCUCGGUCGCCCUCAUUGCCCCUGCCGCCGCUCAGACAUGGUCCAACUGCAACCCCACACUACGAAGCGACUGUCCUCCAGAUUCGGCUCUCGGAAGGACCGUCAACAUCGACUUCUCGUCUGAAUCUGAGAGUUUCACACCCCAAGGCAACCCCACAUACGGCGACGAUGGCGUGUCUUUCACCAUAAGACAGUCCGGCGAUGCACCUCAGCUUACUUCGCUGUGGUACAUCAUGUUCGGAAAGGUGGACAUUGAGGUUCAAGCCGCACCCGGCGCGGGUAUCGUCAGCAGUUUCGUACUGCAAUCCGACACUUUGGACGAAAUCGACUGGGAGUGGCUCGGAGCAGACCCCGACGAGGUUCAGAGCAACUACUUCGGCAAGGGACAAACCACAGACUACAACCGUGGUGCUUUCCACGACGACCCGGGCAGCCAGUCAGGCUUCAAGAAGUACACCAUCGAAUGGACUCCAGAACAGAUCGUAUGGCAGAUUAAUGACGUGACUGUCCGCACUCUGGAGCCUGCCAACGCCAACAACCAGUACCCCCAGACCCCCAUGCAGAUCAAGUUCGGUGCAUGGAGCGGUGGUGACUCCGCCAACCCUGCAGGUACCAUCUCUUGGGCCCGUGGACCUACCGACUACUCUCAAGGCCCCUUCAGCAUGAAGGUCAAGUCUCUCAUGGUUCAGGACUACUCCACCGGUACUCAAUACGUCUAUGGCGAUCAAUCUGGCACCUCGGGAUCUAUCAAGUCUGUUGGAGGUACCGUCUUCUCUGGCGGUAACGCUCCCAUCGCAGACGCACCCGCCAUCACUGCGACUGCCACCGGACAGCCUCUGCCCUUCACUCCUCACCAGACCUCCGACUACACACGUCCCAGCGUCUACCCCUGGAUCCCCGACCCGUCGGCGACUCCCACUGCGCAGCCUACGUUUGCGAACUACCCCGGGCUCCCGAGCGGGUGGACCGUUUCGGAUUCCGGAAAGGUUGUUCCACCCAGCUCAGCCACUAUGUUCCCUCAAGGUUCCUAUACCUCAUCGCCGCAAGCUUUGCCUACGGGUUCAUCCGACAAUGGGCCUAAGACAGUCACCGGAUACGACGAUCGCGGCUUCACCACUAUCCGUACGAUAUACCCUGCCACAACCCCAGCGCCGACUGCCAACGGCCUGGAGAACAAUGCUGCUAAGGACGCCGUCCCUGCUGCGCCUGCACAAGGCGCGUCGUGGAAGCUCAUGGUCUCCUCCAUACUUCCAUGGGCCAUCGUCCUAAUCCACAUCCCCGGAUGUGUCGGCCUCUAG